AUGAACAACGCGCAAAGAUGUCUUUCUUCGUUUCAUCUUUCCAAACACCUAACGGGAAAUCAAAGGCUUUGGAAUGCGCGAGAGGAAGGGCAACGAGAACACCUCAAAAGAGGAGACAGAAUACGAAGGAGAGUUGGCAAGCGAGAGAUGAUAAAUGAAGGCGAGAGUGGUGCGUAUCGAAAUGGUGGUGUGAAAGAGUACGUCGCGGCGAAUUACGUUCGCGUGCUCGCAAAGCUGGACGUGUUGGAUGCGAAGAAUGAAAACGAAACAGCGGAAGGUGACUUUGAGGACGAGAACGGCAGCGGUUCGAAGAUGAACAUUUACGGGCACGUCGCGACGAUUGAUUUGAGCGAUGCGAAGAAUAAUAGCGAGCUCUUGGACGAGAAAUUUAUUCGAUGCUUACACGAACCGGUGCUCAUUCAAAACGCGUUUGAGAAAUCGCGGCAUGGAAGCGCUUCGUCGUGGACGUUGCGCAAGUUGUUGGAAGCGCACGAGGAGGAAGAGAAGAGGACGGGAGGCUUGUUUCAGACCACGGUAAGAGUAAGAAUGGAGGAUGGAGCACCAAGUGGUAACAAUGGACGAAGGAACGCGAAGGCAUUCGUGUACGCAGAGCAAUCGCACGAAGCGAUACGGAAUCGAAAGUUUCAACCACCUUCGCUUACGCAACAAAUGCCAUUCGCAAACGGAUUAUCGCGCGUGUUGGAGUAUUCAGGAGACGGAGCGUAUAUCCAAUCCGAAUUGCCAUCUAAUUUGAAAGACGAGAUGGAACAUGACUACUCGCGCGUGUUUACGUCGUUUGAAAACAGCGAGGAGUUCGUGGAGUCGCAACCUCUCCGACUUUGGUUGUCAAAAAGAGGGAGCAUAUCGCCGCUCCAUUUCGACGCCUCGAUUUCGACUCUGACGCAAUUGAAAGGCGAGAAGACUUUUUUAUUGUUUGCGCCAUUUUCUGGGCUCUCGCAAUGUUACUUAUAUCCCGAUUGGCAUCCAUUGAGAAGACGUUCACAGCUCUCCAUCAAUGAUGAGCGCAUUAGAAAUGGAUUACGCGCGUAUGAGGCAACUCUUUCGGAGGGCGAUGUUUUGAUUUUCCCACCGCGAUGGCUACAUCACGUUGAAUCGUCGAAUAAGACGAAUUAUUCGGUAUCAAUCACGCGUCGUUAUAUUUACAACGCAUCAAGUGGUGUAAAUACGGAUACAUCCUACGCGUUGCGUUUCGCAAAAUGGGCAAAAACGCGAGACAAAGGCACGAAGGCGCUGAGUCGUUUGUAUUCCUCGGGAAUGGUUAAUCCGGAUUUUCCGUCGAGAUUUAAUCUUGCCGUCAUUGAUUUAGAUGAGGACGGCAAGUGUCCGAAGCUCUGUGAAACCAAAACGUUUGAAAGAAAUGUACAAGAGAAAUGGAAAGUGUGCGUAAAAGCUUUGUCCGAUCGCAUAGUCGCCCGAACGAAAAAUAUUUCGUCGAUUUGCGUGCGUGGCUCAAUCGCUCGAGGCGCCGCGGUUGAUUUCGAAUCCGAUUGCGACUUGAUUGUCGUAUUUGAAAAUGAACGACCGAAUGAACAAGAAUUGCAAGAUUUACGCUCGGAACUGGAAGAUGUCCGCGCCCAAGAGUUUCCAUUCGCUAAAAAAAUCGACGUCCGCUUUGAAAAAAAUCGCGACGAACUGAACGCGGAGCAACUAUUUACGUUGGCCACGUCUUCGCUUUGCGUGAGCGGCGAGGAUAUUCCAAAGUCGUCAUCACGAAUGGCACCUGUGCGAACAUGUUUCCCAACAUUGCUCGAAGACGUCAAUUCGGCAAUUGAGAAUGGAAGUGAAAAAGCAAUGUCAUGGGCGUGUAAGCGAUGUUUGCGCGCCGCGUUCGAAAGUCAGAAGAGGACCAGGUUUACGCGAGAGAUAUCGAGAUGCUGCGAGAUUGUGUGCGAGGAAGAUUAUCCGAAAAAGAAAUACGAAGUUGGUGAUUUGGAAACUGCUCUAGUUAUCGCCGUGAAAGGUCCCAAGAUGGUUUUCGGCGACGCGUACUGGUUGGAAAUGAGCACAGCGCUUCUCGAGCGUUUGAGUAAUUGUAUUCUGUCAGCUAAGAUAUAG